UCGACUCUCAUUACACAAAAUCUUUCUCUCUCCCUCUCUCAUAUUACACAAAAAUAUUUUAAAAACUCUUUAUUUUCAUUACAGUGGGGUAGGCACAAUAAACAAACAUUUAUAACCAAAAUCGAACUUAGAUAUAUACAUACAAAUUGUAUUUUGUAUGUAUACAUAUGAUGUAUUAUAGAGAGAGAAAGAGAAGCAAGAGAGGCGGCAGAGAGUACAUUGCUUCCCGGUUUGAAUCAUGAAAUAAGUUAUGAUGCGUGCAAGCUUUACUCAUUAUACUUCUCACCACCACAUCUCUCUUUGGUUCUUAAACGCUUUCUAAUUUCUCAAGUAUCAUCAUCCAUCUCUCUCUCUAAUCUUUCAUCACCUUCAAUCUUUAUCUAGUAUAUCCUCAUCAACUUGCCCAUUCCUCUUUCAUUUUGUCUAAAACCCUGCAUUUAUACAUCUCUCUCUCUCUCUCUCUCUCUCUCUCUCUCUCUCGCUGGAAUAACUUUCAUUUUGAUUUCUUUGGCAAAAAGUUUCAAUCUUUGGUAUAAAAGAUUUCUGGGUUACAAGGGUUUGAGCUUAUUUCAGUAGCUAUCUUGCUGAUUUGUGAUGAUUGGUGCCCCCAAGAGGCUAGAUUUUAUUUUGAGGUGGUAGGGUGUUGAUUUUGUUGAAUUUUUAAUUGUUAGAUCUGUGAGAAAUGGGAAGCCAUUUGAGCAAAAAACCAGCUGAAACUUCUGCAGCUUCUGCAAUUAAUUUCAAUAACAAUCUGCAGUUUACAACUGAGCUUCAUUCUUAUGAAGCUGCGUGUCGCCUUGAUACUGAUUUGCAAUCAUUUGACACCAAUGUUCAAGCUAAAACUAGUCAUGUUAUUAAUACUCUAGCAGUUGGUGUUGAGGUUCGAGCACUUUCGUUUGAUUCUUUAAAGGAAGUCACUGAAUGUCUGUUGGAAAUGAACCAAGAGGUUGUGAAGGUGAUCUUAGAGUGCAAGAAAGAUAUAUGGAAAAAUCAAGAAUUGUUUGAGCUUGUUGAAGAUUACUUCGACACCAGUUUGCAGACUCUUGAUUUCUGUGCUGCGUUGGAGAAAUGUUUGAAGAGGGCGCGUGAUAGUCAAUUGCUUAUUCUUGUCGCCCUCCAGCAGUUUGAGGAAGAAAAUGGAGUUGAAGGGAACAAGUAUGUCAGGACUUUGGAGGAGUUGAAGAAUUUUAAAGAAGCGGGUGAUCCAUUUACGGAUGAAUUCUUUCAAAUGUUUCAGUCUGUUUAUAGGCAACAAAUGGUGAUGCUUGAGAAGUUGCAAUUGAAGAAGAACAAGCUUGACAAGAAGCUUAAAUAUAUGCACGCGUGGCGAAAAGUUUCAAGUAUAAUCUUUGUGGCUACAUUUGCUUCUGUGUUGAUUUGUUCGGUUGUUGCAGCUGCCAUGGCUGCACCACCAGUUGCAGCCGCUCUUGCUGCAGCGACGGCAAUUCCAUUAGGUUCAAUGGGAAAAUGGAUAGAUAAUCUUUUCAAGAACUAUGAAAAUGCUGUUAAGGGACAGAAGGAGGUUAUUAGCUCUAUGCAAGUUGGAACUUAUGUUGCUAUUAAGGAUUUAGAUAACAUCCGUGUACUCGUCGAUCGUUUGGAGAUUGAGAUCCAAUCCCUCUUGCAAGACGCAGAGUUUGCUAUUACUAAAGAAGCUGUGAUGAUUGGGAUAGAGGAGAUCAAGAAGAAAUUGGGAGUGUUUAUGAAGAAUGUGGAUGAUUUGGGAGUGCAAGCUGAUGUGUGCAGCAGAGAUAUUCGCCGCGCUAGGACAGUGGUUCUGCAGAGGAUUAUAAAGCAUCCUAACCAUUGAAACAUCCUUCUGCUAUGCAUCUCACUGGGCGCAUGGUUCCUAUGCUUAAAGCUUCAUGAGACUUCGACCUGUUGUAACGCCGGUGCUCAACUUUCAUAUAUGUAUGUCCAGAGCCGAAUCCAUCGAAUUCGCCUCAUGGAAACUUUAAGAAUAAUCUUAUUCGGAGUCUGAAUUACAUUUCAUUCCAGUAUUUAGGAACAGACCAUUAUAUAUUUGUAUGUAUUACUUCUAUCUAGUUUUCAUCCAUUUUUUAAAUUCAAAUCAAGGUUGCUUUAUUUUA